GGAUAAAGCAUCUCACUAAGAACCCUCCCUGCAAAGAGGGACUCAAGGUUGUAAACCGAAAAUGAAAAAUCUGCCUUGUUUUCUUUAAAUUUCAGAUGAUCUAGAGAUGGUCCUAGCUUCCCAGUUGAUCUUCUUCACCUGCAUCUGGAUCACAUUAAUAUCAAAUGCUUUUGCUACUUCUCACACCAAGAAGACCUCCCACCGGUGCUCCACUUCAGUGAAACACACCCGCAAACAAGAAGCUAGAAUGAGGAAGGAUGACAGUACCAAAGUGAGGCCCCUGAAAUAUAAGCAACUUCUCCACAUAGAGGACCAUGAUUUUGCAAUAAGACCUGGAUUUGGAGGGUCCCCAGUGCCAGUAGGUAUAGAUGUCCAGGUUGAAAGCAUUGACAGCAUUUCAGAAGUUAACAUGGACUUUACAAUGACUUUUUACCUCAGGCAUUACUGGAAAGAUGAGAGGCUCUCCUUUCCUAGCAAAACAAAUAAAAGCAUGACCUUUGACCACAGAUUGAUCAAAAAGAUUUGGGUGCCUGACAUCUUUUUCGUCCAUUCUAAAAGAUCCUUCAUCCAUGAUACGACUGUGGAGAACUUCAUGCUGCGCAUCGACCCUGAUGGAAACGUCCUCUUUAGUGUCAGGAUAACAGUUUCGGCCAUGUGCUUAAUGGAUUUCAGCAGGUUUCCUCUUGACACUCAAAAUUGUUCUCUUGAACUGGAAAGCUAUGCCUACAGUGAGGAGGAUCUGAUGCUCUACUGGAGAUAUGGGAACAAGUCCUUAAAUACUGAAGGGCAUAUUUCCCUUUCUCAGUUCUUCAUUGAGGAGUUCAGCGCAUCCAGUGGAUUAGCUUUCUAUAGCAGCACAGGUUGGUACUAUAGACUUUUCGUCAACUUUGUGCUAAGGAGGCACAUUUUCUUCUUUGUGCUAAAAACCUAUUUUCCGGCCAUGUUGAUGGUGAUGCUUUCAUGGGUUUCAUUCUGGAUUGACCGAAGAGCUGUUCCUGCAAGAGUGUCCCUGGGAAUCACCACAGUGCUGACCAUGUCCACCAUCAUCACUGGCGUGAGUGCCUCCAUGCCCCAGGUGUCCUACAUCAAGGCUGUGGAUGUGUACUUGUGGGUCAGCUCCCUCUUUGUGUUUCUGUCAGUCAUUGAGUAUGCAGCUGUGAAUUACCUCACCACUUUGGAAGAUCAAAAGCAAUUCAAGAACAGAAGGAAGAUUUCUGGAAUAUAUAAUAUUGAUGCAGUUGAAGCCAUGGCCUUCGAUGGUUGUUACCAUGACAGUGAGACUGACAUGGAUCAGACUUCCWUUUCUUUACACUCAGAAGAGGGCUCCUUGAGAGGACGAUCCACAGGGAGCCCCAGCACAGAUUCAUCUCGCAUAAAGAGAAGAAAAUCCCUGGGAGGUAACAUCGGUAGAAUCAUCCUGGACAACAACCAUGCCAUUGACACCUAUUCUAGAAUUUUAUUUCCCAUUGUAUAUAUAAUAUUUAAUUUGAUUUACUGGGGUGUAUAUGUAUAA